AUGGCUGCUUUCACUCUCACAUUUGCUCCCUCCACCCGCUCCUUCGGCCGCAGUGGCUACAACAAGGAUGGUGAUGAUUCUGACUCCAAGCCCACAAACAGCCGUGGUCGAUCUGGCUACAAUGACCCUGAGGAGGGAGACUCUGGUCGUUCUGGCUACAAUGGCCCCGACGACGACGACAACUCUCAGGGCAACAAGGGCCGCUCUGGUUACAAUGGCCCCAGUGACGAUGACGACAUCAGCGUUUGGAUAGUCUUGGGCAUAGAAACAGCAUCGCACGUUUGGAUUUGGAAAAAGAAGGACAGACAAGCAUAG